UACAUUUGUCAGUAAACGUAAAAAAAACUCCUCCGUCCUAAGGCUGCUUACGCAAUACUUGAAUGUGUCCAUAUUUUCAAAUUUAAAUUUCUAUCCUCCUUAGAAAUUGUUAGGUGAUCCUGAGAACUGCUGCCGGGGCCGCAGUCUCGAUGCGGAAGAUCGGUUUGGGGAUGGUGUACACGUCGGGCUCUUUGGAGCUUUUAUUAACAUUGUAACCCCAGUUUUUUGAUCGGGUAAAAAUGGAAAUAAAUUAAAUAUUUUGGCCUUUUUACAUAUUUAUAGCUAGAUAUGCACAAAAUUUAUUUGUUUUUGGUAGUCUUAAGUACAAUUAUUUUGGAAAUGGUUAACAAACAAACCACAACUUGUUUUAAGUUCGAAUUUUAAUAUUAAUUAUUUUUUAGUUAUAUUCAUAAUGAACGGAAAUCACGUAGGAGGUACACGUUAUGGCGUGUUAUGGCCGUCCGCAGGUGAAGACGCGUAAGGUGGAGGAGACGAGUGGCGACCACUGGUCUGAGACCCAGCAGCGCGCAUUGGAGGCCGCCCUCGCCAAGAUUCCCAAGGGAGCUAUCGGAGACCGCUGGCAGAAGAUCGCGAAUGCCGUGCCCGGGAAGACCACGGAGGAGUGCAUGCGGAGGUUCAGAUAUGUGUCAGAGAUGUUGAGAAAUCAAAAACUAAAGCUGUUACAAGAAGGAAGACGAAAUACAAAAACUAAACGUGGACACUACCAACGAAAAAGAUUAACUGAUUUAAUUUAAUUUGUGUGAUGUUUCC